AUUAAUAAAAUAUUUUAUUAGUUAAAAAUGCAAAUUCUGCAUAUACUAAUUAUAAUUAUCUGCAAUUACUUGCCAGACAGGUCGAUAGACUCCAAGAAGUGUAAUGAUGUUAAAAAAAAAAAAUUAAAUAAGCUGUGGGUGAUUACUAAUAAAGCGGGAAACCAGACACGAGAUUCGUGCUAACGUCCAUGAAUGAAUUUUAUACCUUUUGUAGAAGGAGUGAGAACAUGGUUUUAUACUUCCUAGACUAGCGAAGCAUUUAAGAAUUUCUAUAAGCUACAGAUAUGGUAAUAUUUCAAGACAAAAAGUCUUAAUGAUUCAAGAAUAAUAAGGAAAUGAUUUAAACUUGAAGAAUUAUUAAUUAUUAUCAUUAUUAUGAAUAUUCAAGAAAAAAAAAAUAGUAUGCCUCGUUUGACCUUGUCUUGACUAAACUCCAAGGACUUUAAGAUGUCAUAGAACUACUCGUUUUAUUUAUUGUUAUUUUUUUUUUUUUUCAUGACAUUAUAUUAAUAAGUAUGAGUUUAUAGCUCCCAUAGCUUCUAAAAAUCGCUUGAAAUAUUCACAUAAUGCUUAGUAAUAAUCCAACGGUCACGUAUUAAAAUCAUAGCAAUUGUUAAGUUUACAAAAUGAUCGUUGCAGUUAGAUGACAUACAUGUUUAUGAUUACUUUCCAGUGUAUAUUGUAUAAAUUACUUACUGUGUUUUAAAAGAUUAAGCAUUGAAUAUUAAAUAAGCAAAACAAAUGAUGAAAAAGAAAUAAUGGAAAAUAAAAUGAUUUUUAUUAACCAGUACACCAGGAUACUGCUUGUCGAUUUAAAAACACUGGUUGACCCAGUCAAAAAUGUACACCAAUAAUGUCACUAUAUAACUUUCGAUGCCAUGAAAUCCCUUUAACCCAAAUUGAUCAUUCAACUUUAGUUAAUCAUGUUCUUAAGUAGAGAGUAGAAAAGCCAGCCAGUCAACCAGGUGUUAUCGGUUGUCGCUAAUGGCCGCAAGUUUUUAAAUUGAGGAUAUGAAAGAUGUUUUAUGCUAAGUACCUGAUCAUCGCCCAAAUCACGAAGUGAGGUACUUAAUAAUGGGCAUCGCUGGUGUUCCUCGUAUGUUGUUCAAUAUAUGAGAACAAUGACAGGUUUUGUGUUGAUCAUAAACGUGUAUGUAAAGACGAAAAUAACCCAAGCCUUUAAAAACGUUUCAACAUACGAUUAUUGACUCAGUCGUUCCUCGUAAAUCCUCAUGAAAAUGAGUCAAUAAUAUUACGAAAAAUAUGGAAUACUUAAAAUUUACUAAAACCUAUCGUUUUGUUGUUAUUAUUAAUAUUUUUAUAUCAGUGUCUAGUGGAACAAAGCUUGAUAGAGUUUCAUUAGAACUUAAAGAUCAGCAACAACAUCAAGUGUUAAUUAAUUUUCCUAAUAAGUCAAAUGAUAAUAAAACAGCAACUGCUAGACAUUUAUAUUUACCACCUGGAGAACCAGAUUUUGUUUUACCAGAAGUUAUUGAUAAUAGAGUAAGAAGUACAUUUUAUCGACCAAUUAUUUCUUCUAGCAAUAUUAUUCAACCGAGUAUUGAAUUGCAAACACCCUUUCCUCGGGAAUCAUACAAUUAUCUUCCACCGGUUAUAAGGCAGUCAAAUAUUAAAAUUAAUGCAAACUUUGAAAAAGACGAAGGCAGUAAAUAUAUUAGAAUUAAUUCAAUGUCUUGUAAAAAUACUGAUGAUGAAGUAUUUUUUAAAGCAUCAGUUUUACCACCCAAAGUAUCUGACUAUCCGGUAAUUGAAGGUGCUACGAGUGAUUAUUGUAAAAUAAUUAAAGUUAAUGAUGAGUACAGAUUUAAUUUUAGUAAUGAAAUGUUUUGGAAUUGUGGAGUUCAAGAUUGUUCAACAGAUACCGGUAAAUUUUAUUGUUUGAAUCUUAGAUUUGCUGCUGUAUCUGGGCUUAAACUUAAUGAAGAUAUUAAAAUUUUAUUAAAAUGUCGUACUCAAGAAAAAAUAACUUCACAUACCAAAAGAAUACACGUUAAAACACUUGAUACAUCCGCUAGAAUGGCUCCAAGAGUAGCAACAGGUGGUCAUAAAAAUGCAUUUGAAACUGAAAUUGGUUUAUACCGAAAAACUCUUGGAUCGGAUAAUUUAUUUGAUUCAAGAAUUCAACCUGGUGGAACAGUUAUUCUUGGUGAAGAAAUUCUUCUGAGAGUUGCAGUUCGUGAAGGCGAUGGGUGGCGAUACUCAAGAAUAAGCGAUGUUACUAUUCACCAUUUGGAAAAUAAAAGACAAAAAAAAAUAAUUAAUAGUAUGUGGAUCUUAGACUCCAAUGGGUGCCUCAAUCAAGAAAUUCGUGAAAUUUGCUCACGCGAACAAUAUCGUGUUACACCGCUUGAGAGUUAUCUAAUUUUCCAAGCUUUUAUGUUUGAUCAUAUGAAAGAGACUGAUGAAAUGGUGAUCAAUAUUAAAGCUACUGGUUGUUUAGAUGGUAAUGACUGUGCAUUAAAUUGUCCCGCAGGGCAUUCAAGAAAAACACGGAGUCUUGGAGAGUUACAGCCGCACAACCAAACAAUUAAUUGGCUUGAUGAUAUUUCUUUUAGAGUUAUUUUACCCGAAAAUUAUCAUCAACAAUAUAUUAUCGAUAAUCGUUUGAUUAUUGCUUAUGCUUUUUCAGCUUUUAUUAUUUUAAUAAUAGCUAUUUUACUUUGCAUGAUAAAAGUCAUUUACAAACAAAAACAUCAAGAUUUUUAAAAAAUUAUUAUUAUUAAUAAUUCUUAUUAUUA